AUGCUGCUCACCCUGAAACCUUCCGCUCAGAAUAGGAUCAAAGGUCCUCAUGAGUACGCAAUUGUCCGCCAAUCUGUUCCCACCCCGCGGUCUUUCCCGCCUACUGUUCCCGACGCCUCGGCUACCGCUACAUCUCCAAAGACUUUGCGCAGAGGAUUGCCUCCUCCGUCGUCAAUUAAUCGCCAACCGGACGUUGGCCGCUCCAACAUGGCGCCUAUGAGCCAAUUACCCCCCGCGCCGCCGGGAUGGAGCUCCCCGGAGGACUUACGCCAAUGGCUUCAGGCUAAGGCAGAGGAAGAUCGCAGAUUGCAAGAAGAGGAAAAGACACGCCAGGAGUCUCUCCGAUUAGAGCAGCGGAAAAUCGAACAAAGCAUGCUUCGUGAUUCGUUGCAGUCGGGAGUUCCGCCUCAGAUGAUUCCGCUCAUCUUCGCCGGAAUCACUGGCGGCAGCCUUCCCCAGUCUGCUAUCGAAUUGAUACAGCAGUAUGCGUCCCAGAUUCCCGGCACGCGCAGUAAUGCGCCACCUCCCCCUUCACACCAUUCAGCUCCUCCCCUGCACCAGCAACAGCCAUCCGCACUUGACCUACCGCCGCCACCCCCACUGUCCCAGCGGCAUCCACCUUUGGCGAUCCCUGCAGAUAUUCGACGUGACUCACGAGUCCUUCCGCCACAGCAGCAACCGAUUCCUGGUCCCGUGCUGUCUCAGCCUCUCAGUACCCAUGGACGUUCUCCCAGCAGCCAGUCUUUCGGACGUUCUCCCUUAUCAAGCGGCCCUGGAAAGGCCACUGCCUCAUCCUUGUCUCGGAUCAACGGCGAAACACAUUUGCAGCAUGUCCCACUCACACUUGGUAACGCACAGUAUGCAACUGGCUCUUCAGUUCCUCCGUCUCAGCCGGCGGAAAUCAAACACGAACAUCCGCCACGGCAUUCUCCUCCGUCCUUAUAUUUUCACCAUUGGGUCCCACCGGGCCAGCCCCCUCCAGGAAAGAACCAACAUGACUUCCCCGUAGUAUCCAUUGCUCAGUCACAGCGCCGUUAUGAAAACCAGAGCCCCCCUGGUCGAAAAAGAAAGUCUCAGAUUCCCCAUCAGCCGGCUCCUCUUCCAUCCUCACGUCCUUCGGACGCUCCCUCCUCUUCGUUGCCGUCCUCCCGGCUUGGCUCCCCGAUCGCCAGCAAUCAACCGCCAGAUUCUCGAGCCCAUCACCACCGCCAGCGCAGUGAUGCAUCUAGCUCGCUUGAUUCGCGAAUGCAAGACCAUCAUGACGCUAACCAAGGUAAUGAUUUGUUACAUCAGAAGCCUGGCGCAUCAAGCUUGAAUCAGCCGUCGGGAGACUAUAGCCCUACAAAGGGCUUGGAUCGUGGAGAUAUACCAUCCAACAGCGCAGGCACUCGGUAUCGGGCUUCCCACAUGUCUGACAAUGUCAACAAUUCAGGCAAAGCUGAAGAUGCUGCUGGAACUUCUUCUCAGCCUUAG